AUGGCUUUCUCAGUGCCGCAAUUAUCUCCUUCCACAGAUGAGACGACUAACUAUGCGCGACUGUGUCGUCUUCUAAUGGAUGUGGGAUCUCAAGCAUUAAGAGAUACGUUUGAUGGCAUUCACCCCCAAACAGCACUCCAGACAGUCUUAACGCAGCCUCCGCAUAAUGCAACUUUAAAUACCCUCAAGACGAAAAAGAUUAUCAAUUCUUCACAAUGGGGAGAUCUAUUCCCAGCUGUGUUAUCAUCAGUUUCAUCACACAAGUUUGAUGUUACACUAUUGAUGGUACUACUUAGAAAUAUCUGUGGGCUGGCACCUCUGGCUACCGGCUGGGACGCUCUUCCUCCUGAUCUAGACCAAAGUAAGCAAGCUCACAUAGCCAGAGUAAAGUACUAUCGUAAUAAAGUUUACGGCCACGCCAACCAGGCUUCCGUAGAUGAUGCUGCAUUCAACAGGUACUGGCUGGCUAUCAGCAAUGCAAUAACGGGAUUGGUAGGGGGAAAAUAUGCAGCUGAUAUGACAAACCUCAAAGUUGGGUCAAUGGAUCCCGCUUUAGAGGAACACUAUAAAGAACGGUUAAGGCAGUGGAAGAAAGACGAGGACAGCUUCAAAGAAAAGCUUGAGGAGAUGGACGGUAGGUGGGCACUCUAUAUGAAAUAAGUUAAAUAAACACAACCACAAUUCAAAAUAUGUGAGCUUCAUGCCAUGAGUUGUUUGGGAAAGAAAGGUCGGUUACUUGAAAGGAAAAGAAAAACUGACCCUUGACAGUUAGCAAGGUGUAGCUAAGUAAUUGAGAUGGGAUGGUCUGAAACCACUUUAUGUUUAUAUCAAAUGCUUUUCUCACAACCUCUUCUCAGGAAAUUAUCAUUAUAUGGAUUUACUUCAAUAUUGUGUAGAGAUAAAAUAUGGUCGUGUGGCGGUCGAAAACAAAACUGGCCGCGAAAUUUCGAGGGUGGACGGUUUAAUUAAUCUACAUUUUUCUUUCAAUUAGAAAACAUGAGAAAAGGUCUUGAGAAGAUUGAAGGUGACAUGGGUAAAGGACUUGAACAGAUAGAGAAGAUAAAAGAUGACAUGGGAAAUAUAGGGGAGAAGUUGGAGAGUUUGAUGAACCGAACAGAAGAAAUGGCCGAUGAAGGUCAGAUAUGUAUAUUACCCGUUAACUAUCUGUUCCUACUUACCUGCAAAAAUUAUGAAAUAGAAUAGAUUUCUUGGAUAAUUUUAUGGACGAAGAAAAUUGUUUUUUUAAUUUCGGAAAUGUUCGAACUGUAGCCUUCCCCAAAGAAUCUGCUGACAAGUCGUAAACCUUUCGAAGAGGAGGAUGUUUUGCGAGUUACACAACUUGGAAAACUUUGAAUGUUUUUCAAUUCAAAGAGGAAUACGCAAUUUCUAAGAUAAAACUGAAUGAGGAGAAUCUGAGUGUCUCCACCACUGAACCUCUUCUUCCUCUGCGUUAUAUACCUACUUAAGGGAACACCUCCUCGUUGUCAUAAGCCAGAAAUUUUGAAACAUAAUGAACAAUCUUCAAAACUGUGUCCUCGAUAAUUUUCGCGUGGCCCAGCCUAUUUUUUUUGGUUCAAUUCUCCCACACACCCAAAGUCACGAAUUUGCACCUUGCCUCAAGUUAAGUCGUCCAAUCAUUUUCAUUUUUGAAGAUGCAGAAACGAGAGCAGGAAACAACGUCAACAACAUUGAUUUACAAGUCUAUGUCAAUCUUUCUGCUCCUGUUGUUACAGCAACGCCCUCAAACCCAGGUCUUCUGCCACGAACAGGUACUUAUUCCUAA